AUUCAAGGAUUCUUUAAUAUACCAGUAGAUAAUUUGUAUUGUGAACCAUCAAUGUUAAGUUAUAUCAAAACCAGUAUACCUGAAUGGAAGAAUUCUAUUAUUGUUUCACCAGAUGCUGGUGGUGCAAAAAGGGCGACUUCUAUUGCAGAUCGAUUGAACCUUGAUUUUGCAUUGAUUCAUAAGGAACGCAAAAAAGCUAAUGAAGUUUCACGUAUGGUAUUGGUUGGUGAUGUUAGUGGAAAAAUAGCAAUCCUAAUUGAUGACAUGGCAGAUACUUGUGGGACUUUAAAGAUGGCAGCUGAGACACUCAAAGACAAUGGUGCUACUAAAGUCUACGCAAUUGUAGCUCAUGGAAUUCUUUCAGGAAAGGCAAUUGACGUUGUAAAUGAUUCUUAUUUGGAGAGACUGGUAGUGACAAAUACUAUACCACACGAUGAUAAAAAGAGCAUUU